AUGCCACCCCGCCCAUUCCCGUUUCCUCUCGGCGUGGGCACUGAUAUCUGCAGCAUCCGGCGCGUCCAGUCGCUCUUGCAGCGAGCCACGCUUCGCAGGCCCCCUCCAACCGCCGACGCCGCCGACGCCGCCAACUCCGCCUUGCCGCGCCUGCAUUCGUUCUUGGCACGUGUUUUCUCCUUUCACGAGAUCUUGCUAUUCGAUGCACGCUUCGCCGGCGUGUUGCAGAAGCCAGGCGCCGAGCAUGACGCUGCCCUUGGCGCCAGGGCCGUCUGCUAUCUCGCUGGCCGAUUUGCUGCCAAGGAGGCUGUCAUCAAAGCCGUCCAUCCGCGACGCCUCCUUCUAAGAGACGUCUUGGUUGCCAGCCAGGGCAGCCAUCCGUACGCCAUCAUCUUGGACAAAUCGCCGGAAUUGACCCAUGUCCAACGCCUCUGCCUGAACCAAAGCUACGGCUUCAGCCUCCCUGUCCGUGCUGAGAUUGAUGCUCCGGCCGACUGGGCAAGUCAUCCGGAUACCGACCCGGCCUUGGAGCAGUGCAAUGGCCAGGUGGCAAAGCUGAGCAUCUCCCACGACGGCGAUUAUGCCACUGCCGUGUGCUUGGCUGUUGUGCAGGCUGAGUCCCGUUCACGGCUCUUGGACGUCCUGAGACAAUAUCAAGUGGCAUUGGCAAACAUUCGCAUUCUCAACGCCCAGAUUGACGAGCCUACCCGGAAGUUGUUGAAGCACCACGACACGUAUUUCUGGAAGCGAGGCAAGCGGGAAGCCAGCGCCAAGUUCAAGGCUGCGACGUUGCGAAACCAAGUCAAGCAGAGGCUCGUGACAAUCCGAAUGUACAGUGAUGCGCUCCAAGUGUUAUUGCGCAGCAUUGAUACCGAGGACUCGGCCGCCGUAUCCGCCGACGAAACCCGCAAGAGCGGGCCUGCGCCUGCGCCUGCGCCUGCGCCUGAUUCCAUGUCUGACCCCUCUGCAGUAUACAGGUAUAUCAUGCGGACUGGGAGUGCCAAGAGCAAACGAAGGAAAAGAGGAACCUGA